UCACCCGCGGCAGUCCGGUGCGAGGCCCCCUCCGGAAGGUGAGGGGAAUGGAUUGGACUCCGGUGGGGAAAGCGGGUGUCUAGAAGUGGUGCUAAUGGGAAGAGAAUUCUGGUUUCAAAAGAGGAUGCUCUGCCACAAAGAGCGGCUCGCGCGCUGGCCUGGGCUCUAGCCGAGGAGAGAUCCCGGGAGAACUCCAGAGCUCCGGGGGAGCGCUCCUCGGAAGACCGGGGCCAACAUGCCUGUGCGCAGGGGGCAUGUGGCACCACAAAAUACAUUUCUGGGGACCAUCAUUCGGAAAUUUGAAGGGCAAAAUAAAAAAUUUAUCAUUGCAAAUGCCAGAGUGCAGAACUGUGCCAUCAUUUAUUGCAACGAUGGGUUCUGUGAGAUGACUGGUUUCUCCAGGCCAGAUGUCAUGCAAAAGCCAUGCACCUGCGACUUUCUCCAUGGACCCGAGACCAAGAGGCAUGAUAUUGCCCAAAUUGCCCAGGCAUUGCUGGGGUCAGAAGAGAGGAAAGUGGAGGUCACCUACUAUCACAAAAAUGGGUCCACUUUUAUUUGUAACACUCACAUAAUUCCAGUGAAAAACCAAGAGGGCGUGGCUAUGAUGUUCAUCAUUAAUUUUGAAUAUGUGACGGAUAAUGAAAACGCUGCCACCCCAGAGAGGGUAAACCCAAUAUUACCAAUCAAAACUGUAAACCGGAAAUUUUUUGGGUUCAAAUUCCCUGGUCUGAGAGUUCUCACUUACAGAAAGCAGUCCUUACCACAAGAAGACCCCGAUGUGGUGGUCAUCGAUUCAUCUAAACACAGUGAUGAUUCAGUAGCCAUGAAGCAUUUUAAGUCUCCUACAAAAGAAAGCUGCAGCCCCUCUGAAGCAGAUGACACAAAAGCUUUGAUACAGCCCAGCAAAUGUUCUCCCUUGGUGAAUAUAUCCGGACCUCUUGACCAUUCCUCUCCCAAAAGGCAAUGGGACCGACUCUACCCUGACAUGCUGCAGUCAAGUUCCCAGCUGUCCCAUUCCAGAUCAAGGGAAAGCUUAUGUAGUAUACGGAGAGCAUCUUCGGUUCAUGAUAUAGAAGGAUUCGGCGUCCACCCCAAGAACAUAUUUAGAGACCGACAUGCCAGCGAAGACAAUGGUCGCAAUGUCAAAGUUUCACGUUCCUGGAUGGCAGGGGGGCCUUUUAAUCAUAUCAAGUCAAGCCUCCUGGGAUCCACAUCAGAUUCAAACCUCAACAAAUACAGCACCAUUAACAAGAUUCCACAGCUCACUCUGAAUUUUUCAGAGGCCAAAACUGAGAAAAAGAAUUCAUCACCUCCUUCUUCAGAUAAAACCAUUAUUGCACCCAAGGUUAAAGAUCGAACACACAAUGUGACCGAGAAAGUGACCCAGGUUCUCUCUUUAGGAGCAGAUGUCCUACCUGAAUACAAACUGCAGACACCACGCAUCAACAAGUUUACGAUAUUGCACUACAGCCCUUUCAAGGCAGUCUGGGACUGGCUUAUCCUGCUGUUGGUCAUAUACACUGCUAUAUUUACUCCCUACUCUGCAGCCUUCCUCCUCAAUGACAGAGAAGAACAGAAAAGACGAGAAUGUGGCUAUUCUUGUAGCCCUUUGAAUGUGGUAGACUUGAUUGUGGAUAUUAUGUUUAUCAUAGAUAUUUUAAUAAACUUCAGAACAACAUAUGUAAAUCAGAAUGAAGAAGUGGUAAGUGAUCCCGCCAAAAUAGCAAUACACUACUUCAAAGGCUGGUUCCUGAUUGACAUGGUUGCAGCAAUUCCUUUUGACUUGCUGAUUUUUGGAUCAGGUUCUGAUGAGACAACAACAUUAAUUGGUCUUUUGAAGACUGCCCGACUCCUCCGUCUUGUGCGCGUGGCCAGGAAACUGGAUCGAUAUUCAGAAUAUGGCGCUGCUGUUCUAAUGCUCUUAAUGUGCAUCUUUGCCCUGAUUGCUCACUGGCUGGCUUGCAUUUGGUAUGCGAUUGGGAAUGUAGAAAGGCCUUACCUGACUGACAAAAUCGGAUGGUUGGAUUCCUUAGGACAACAAAUUGGGAAACGUUACAAUGACAGUGACUCAAGUUCUGGACCAUCCAUUAAAGACAAAUACGUCACAGCACUUUAUUUUACCUUCAGCAGUUUAACCAGUGUAGGAUUCGGGAAUGUGUCUCCUAACACGAAUUCGGAGAAAAUCUUUUCAAUUUGUGUCAUGUUGAUUGGCUCACUAAUGUAUGCAAGCAUUUUUGGGAAUGUAUCUGCAAUUAUCCAAAGACUAUACUCGGGAACUGCCAGGUACCACAUGCAGAUGCUGCGAGUAAAAGAGUUCAUUCGCUUUCACCAAAUCCCCAACCCUCUGAGGCAACGUCUUGAAGAAUAUUUCCAGCACGCAUGGACUUACACCAAUGGCAUUGACAUGAACAUGGUCCUAAAGGGUUUCCCAGAAUGCUUACAAGCAGACAUUUGUCUACAUCUCAACCAGACGUUACUGCAAAACUGCAAAGCCUUUCGGGGGGCAAGUAAAGGUUGCCUUAGAGCUUUGGCAAUGAAGUUCAAAACCACCCAUGCACCUCCAGGAGACACCCUCGUUCACUGUGGGGAUGUCCUCACUGCACUUUAUUUCUUAUCCAGAGGCUCCAUUGAAAUUCUCAAAGAUGACAUUGUGGUGGCUAUUCUGGGAAAAAAUGAUAUAUUUGGAGAAAUGGUUCAUCUUUAUGCCAAACCUGGAAAGUCUAAUGCAGAUGUAAGAGCCCUCACAUACUGUGACUUGCAUAAGAUUCAGCGAGAAGACUUGUUAGAGGUUUUGGAUAUGUAUCCUGAGUUUUCUGAUCACUUUCUAACAAACCUAGAGUUGACUUUCAACCUAAGGCAUGAGAGCGCAAAGGCUGAUCUCCUACGAUCACAAUCCAUGAAUGAUUCAGAAGGAGACAACUGUAAACUAAGAAGAAGGAAAUUGUCAUUUGAAAGUGAAGGAGAGAAAGAAAACAGUACAAAUGAUCCUGAAGACUCUGCAGAUACCAUAAGACAUUAUCAGAGUUCCAAGAGACACUUUGAAGAGAAAAAAAGCAGAUCCUCAUCUUUCAUCUCCUCCAUUGAUGAUGAACAAAAGCCGCUCUUCUCAGGAAUAGUAGACUCUUCUCCAGGAAUAGGGAAAGCAUCUGGGCUCGAUUUUGAAGAAACAGUGCCCACCUCAGGAAGAGUGCACAUAGAUAAAAGAAGUCACUCUUGCAAAGAUAUCACUGACAUGCGAAGCUGGGAACGAGAAAAUGCACAUCCCCAGCCUGAAGACUCCAGUCCAUCUGCACUUCAGCGAGCUGCCUGGGGUAUCUCUGAAACCGAAAGCGACCUCACCUACGGGGAAGUGGAACAAAGAUUAGAUCUGCUCCAGGAGCAACUUAACAGGCUUGAAUCCCAAAUGACCACUGACAUCCAGACCAUCUUACAGUUGCUGCAGAAACAAACCACUGUGGUCCCCCCGGCCUACAGUAUGGUAACAGCAGGAGCAGAAUAUCAGAGACCCAUCAUCCAGCUGAUGAGAACCAGUCAACCGGAAGCAUCCAUCAAAACUGACCGAAGUUUCAGCCCUUCCUCACAAUGUCCUGAAUUUCUAGACCUUGAAAAAUCUAAACUUAAAUCCAAAGAAUCCCUUUCAAGUGGGGUGCAUCUGAACACUGCUUCAGAAGACAACUUGACUUCACUUUUAAAACAAGACAGUGAUCUCUCUUUAGAGCUUCACCUGCGGCAAAGAAAAACUUACAUUCAUCCAAUUAGGCAUCCUUCUUUGCCAGAUUCAUCCCUAAGCACUGUAGGAAUCGUGGGUCUUCAUAGGCAUGUUUCUGAUCCUGGUCUUCCAGGGAAAUAAUCAUUUUGUACUAUUUACUCCACAUACAAUGUAAGAGCUUUUAAUGGCUGUUUUCCUUUUUCUAUUUAAAUCCUCUCUACUUGACUCAGGGGCUCACAAGGUACCAUUAUAUGCAAAAGUACUGUAUAUUUUCCUAAAUUGAAGCUUGUAAGGUAAAACUGAGCAGUUAGGAUGUAAAUAUACAUAAGAACUUUUGGUUCCAAAUGUUAAAACUGCCAGCAUCUCACGGCACCUUAUUUUUUAUUUUUAUUUUUUAAAUCACAUGCAUGUUAGGAAACUCCAAUUUCUCUUGCAUGGAGACUCCUAUUUACUGCUUUUACUAAACCAGUACUUUGUUAUGAAAAUGCCUUCCACGCAAAUAAGAAACCAAGGGAUAAAACUGUUCAUGGAUGCAACUCAGAUUCAGAUGAUCCUCAACUCAUGGGAAUUCCAGGGGGAUAAAGGGAACUUAGUCGCUUUUGCACACAGAUUCAGGUCUUUCUGUAUCAAGAUGUUCAAAGUUAAUUACGUUCAUUCCUCCACACUGGAAGAAAAAAUACAAAGUUUGAGUUGUAAACCUCUGACAGUAUAGGAAGCCAUAUCCAAAAACUAAACAUAGGCCAACAGUAAUGAGAACAAAGGUCUUUCUAUUUAAAAUUAUGUCACUAAUUGCAUUUACAAACCAUCUAAAGUAUUUUCCACUGGCACAUUUCCUAGAAGGCUUAAAAACAAAUUUCUCUCAUUUUGCUUUUUUUCUGGAGGCGGGGGAUGGUGUGGUCUCCUUAAGUACUGCUAAACUGUGAUUAACACAAACUGAUAUCCACAGCUUUCUUGUGAUUCACAUUUUAAAGCAAUCCUGAGUGGACAUACAGCCUGGGCAACAUGGCAAAACCCCACCUUUACAAAAAAUGUUUAAAAAUUAGCAGGGUGUGGUAAUUCAUGCCUGUAAACCCAGCUACUUGAGAGACUGAGGUGGGAGGAUGGGUUGAGCUUGGGAGGUCAAGAGUGCAGCAGGCCUUGAUCACACCACUGCACUCCUGCCUGACAAUACAGUAAGACCCUGUCUCAAAAAAUAAAUAAAAAAUAGUCGACACAGUUUUCAAAAAAUGUGCAAUUUCAGUGGAUUUGCAUGGCAAAACUAGUUUCCAUUAAGUAUAUGUUAUUCCAUGUCUAACUGUAGCUGCGGGAAAGCAAUGGGCCUAGAAAGAAAAUGCACAUACCAGCAGUAAAAUUUCAGUUGUGUUUAGUUAUUCCAACACAUUUGCCAAUUGAAAAUUAAAUAAAAAUCUAUUAUACAUGGAUUGGAAUGAAUAUAUAUUGACCUUAGAAUAUCAGAACAUACAAUGAAAUAUAUCUUUCAAUUAAAAUAUCUUCAACUGUUAGAUUUUUUGUGGGGGGCAUAUGUAUCUCAUAAAAUUGGGGUAAAGAAAAAUUACAAUUUAAGAUUCUGAUCAGUCAAGUUCUAGUUAAGAAAUGUUAUUUUUCAAUUCAAGUACAAUUUUAAAAUUAUGAACUCUGAUCCAUUAUAUCUUUUCUUGCUGAACAAAAAUAUUGAAAUUUAUUGAAAGUUUGUUAGUCCAUUAAGAACAUUUUAUCAGUGCACAUUACUAAAUGGGUUAAUUUCUAUCCCUUCAGGAUAUUCAAACUUUGACACUGAUCUGUUAAUCAGCUUCAAAUGCAAGCUAUUUCAAGUUACUAAAACUAUUGCACUGUUUAAAAUGUGAUUAAAGUGACCUUAGAUUGCUCCCUAUAUAUUUUUAAAUGGUCACAUAAAUUGAUAAUCCAUGUGGAAGGCAAUCUGUAAGCAAAAGCAUGUUCUUAUUCCUGCUUAAUUUUUGAAAAACCAAAACACAAAUGUUCAAGUGCAUUAUUCAAAAUGACCAGUUAAUUCCAACAUAUACUAUUAUACAAAAGUGAAAUAAUUAUAACCAGCUUCCCAAACUAUUUGGUGUUAUGCAGAUACAAACUUAGGGGCUAAACUGAUGCUUUCACUUCCUCACUCAACAAACAUUCAAUGGUGCCUAGCAGGGAAGAGAAAGUCCCAUAAAUGGCUAACUCUGAUUCAGAGGACUAUUUUGGGAUUUUAUUUCCAUAUUGGGACACACUUUUGCAGCUGCAACAAAUUUCAUAAGGAUUGCCGGCCUAAGUUCAGGAACAUUCAGAAUGAAUUCACCAGAGAAUGUUCAUUUGUAGGGAGAGGGGAUUUGGCAGGUGAGGAAUGGAGAUCUGAUUGAUUAGUGAAUGCCUCAGCUGCAACAUUUGGUAUGACAUGCAUAAAAUCCAGCCUCCCACAUAAAACUUGUUUAUAUUUCUUUAUGAAACCUGAGCAUGAAGAAAUAGAAGAUGGAGAAUGAUGUGCAAGCAUCCAGUUUAUUUAAAUUCUAGCACAACACAAACCUUUUUCUUAAUUCCUUGACAUCAUUGCUUAUAUUAAAAUCUUAACCCUCAGAGAGUUGGACAGGAUUAGGAAGGUCCCUUCCUACAGGAUAUUAGCUUAAAAAGAGACUGAGCAAUAUAAAGACGUGAUUAGUUGGGCAUAAAUGUCAGAAGACUCAAUGGCUAAAGUGACUUACAGAUGACCAAAGCAAUUAUCUUGAUGUACAAAAUUCAUCCCUUUCCCCAGCCAAAGAUCUAAUGCCUAAAUGUACCAUCAUCCCCCCUGUUGGCUAUUGCAAAAACAGUCUGACCUCUCCAUCUAGGGAUCAGGCCAAGAGCCAGGUUGAACUGCUGCAGCCAAUCAUAAUUGCAGUGUAGCAAAUGCUUUCCUUCUAGGUAAUUAGAAGCAGUAAUAUAACACCUUUUGCUCUCCUCCUAAAAAUAAUGUUACCUGGUCCCCUGGCCUAAAUAAAAUGUCAUUUAAAAUCUAAAGUUUAUUUGGAUCCAAUGAUCUCCUGCUGUUAUUAAUUGCUGGGCAAAGAGCUGAAACUUAGACUUAUCAUUCUCCCCCAUAGGGGAGUCACAUUAUUUAAUCAGUUGAGAAAACCAGGAAUAAGAAAUGAUGGAGCAAAAUUCUCAUGGGGUUUUUAAAUUAAUAAUCACUCAGUCAACAAACAUAGGAAGGCAGGGGGCAGAUUUGGGACAGAAUAGUUUGUUAAGUCCAUUAUAAUGAAUUGGUCAUCAGAGCACAACUAUCCUACUCUUCUAGUCAGGAAGUAUGGGAAGUAGGUCAGGGCAUUUGAGGUCAGGUUUAAUAUGUUUGUGUAAGAAUUGCUUACAAGGUCCUUUUGGAGGGUGAACUUUAGAAAUGGUUCCAAAAUGACUAGAAAAAAAAAGUUCUUAUCCAAAUGUCAUUUUAAAACCCCAUCAUAUAUUGUCUAAGGAUAAAAUGUAUCACCUUAUUGGUAUAUCUAAAAUUAUUAUUAUUUUAGAUAUUAUUUUAGAUACUGUUAUUUAACAACAGUAUCAUUCCUCUAAAUGACUUUCAUGAUUUAAAAAAAUAUUCUGUAGAUGUUAUUAGAAAUGAAUUGCAACAUUGACAUAACAGUGUCUAAAUUGCUUAUCUAUGGCUAAAGCCAAAAAUAGAUAAAUAUAUGUAAAUUACUUAUCUAUGAAAAUCAAAAUUUUUAUAAAUUAUCAAAAAAUCAAGUUAUAUUUUUACAGUAAAACAAAUAUGUUUCUAUCAUGUGAGUUCGAAGAGGCACUUGAAGACAGGAUGAUACAGGACAGUGGUCCUCAAAGAGUGGUCCUCCAACCAACACUACUAGCAUCACCUGGAGACUUGGCAGAAAUGCAUAUUCUUGGCCUCACCCCAGAUCUAGUAAAUCAGAAAAUUUAGGGGUAGGACCCAGCAAUCAUCUUUUAACAAGCCCUCCCUCACGUGAUCCUUACACACACUAAAAAUUUGAGAAUUACCAAUGUAGAAGGGCAAGCAUAGAUUCUGCAUCAGACCAACUUGGGUUCCAAUACCAGUUUUUUCAUCAAUAGCUGUGUGACCUUGAGCAAGUUAACCUCCCCCAGUCUUUUUCUUGAAUCUCUAAAAAUAAGACAAUGGUAUCUGUCUCACAGAAGCUUGAGAAAGAAAUGAGAUAAAAUAUAGUAAAGUGCCUGGCAUAUACUAGGUGCUCAAAAAAUGCUGAGUUCCUUGUUUCUCAUCGAGAAACAUGGCAUUAAAACAAUCAGGAGAACAAUUUCCCAAGAUUUAGAUUUUGCACAAUGUGCAACGUCUCCAGCAACAUAGCUGUUGCCAAGAUGAAAGUUUUUGAUUCAGAAAAACCUACAUGUAACUAUUGUUUUAUCUCUCUUAAUUGUAUUUUGCACUAUUAGGUUUAUAGCUUUAAAGUAAUACUAUUUACAAUAAUAGUGAGAGUAUCAAUCUCCUUGUUAUAAACAUAUCUACUCUGAAUCGAUGUUAUACAUGCCAAGUAUGUAAAGUAAUCUGUCGAUCAGUACUACUAGAAUGUAUUCUAUAAAGGCUGGCUCACUGUGGAAGUCCUUCUUUAGAUCUAUGAUAUAGUCCUUAGAUGGAUAUCUGAAAAUACAUUUACAAAAUACAAUUUUGAAAGUAUAUAAUUUUCCAUUUUUACAGAAAAUAUAAUUUUACAGUUGCAAUGGUUUUCAGACCCCUAGGCCACUCUCUCAUUGCACAGAUAUGUUACACAGUCUUAAACUGGCUAAGCUCUUGUGCGGAAUGGUGGAAAUGGCAGGGGACUCAAUGUGGUAAACCUGAAUUCAAAUUCUACCUUCUCCAUUUAUUCUUGGGACAAACCCAGAGUAAGCCCCAGUACCCAAAAUGAUAAAAAUGGUGUUAGCAUCUAACAUAUCUUGAAGGGGUGUGUUGAGGAUCCUCUGAAAAUAUAAGUAGAAAUGCUUUGUAAACCAUAAAGGAUGUUAUUCUUUACAGUAAGUCUGUGUGUGACUUGUGCAUCAUCAUAAAGAUAGUGGAAUAUGGGGUAGUGCAGUAGCACUACUUAAGGUCUUCUAAAACACUUUCUGUUGCUCUUUCCUUUACCCAACAUGCACACUCAUACUGUAUAACAAAAACUUAUAAAGUCAUUUUCACAUGCCUCCCAAAGAUCUAGUUGCUCAGAGCAGGCAAAAGCCAGUAUAGAUAGCAUCCUUAUAUUUGUUAAAUAUUGCUUUUGUCCACCAUUCAUAAACUUAUACAUUUGCAUUGCAAUUGUUUUCUAGCUUUGCAAUAGCUCAUCCCUCUCUCCCUCAUUCCUCAAAUGUUCCCAAAGUUUUUUCUUGUGGUUCUACUUACGAUGUGAUGUUAAACCACUUUACAAACUAAAAGGAUCAUGUUUUAAAUGUAAAGUGAGGUGUUGUGAUUGAUCAGUGCCCAAGAGUAGAAUAAUUCAUCACAUGCAUUUGUGGUACACACAUACUUCGGUUAAAUGUCAAAUACAGAAAAUUAACAGAAAGACAUGAAUUAUUAAUAAGCAAAAGCAUGAAAGGAAAUUACCAUGAGGCUUAUGUAUAUAAGCUAUUAAGUGGAGAUUGAGAUGACUAACAAGUUAUUUAAAACAUGUUAUUACUACGAAUACGUCAAAACAUCUAUAGAAAUGCAAUGUUAAGAACACGGAACCAUAUCAAUUGACAAAUUUCAUUGCUGUACCAUUCAUGAUCAAACUUUUAAAUGAGAAUAGCAAGAUUAAAGAAAUACUCCCAAUAAAAUAGUACUUAUUAUGAGAAGUGGCAAUAUUAACAUAGUUAUUCUUGAAAAGCUAAUGUCAAAAAUUAGAUGAAUCCCCUAAAUGAUAGUCACUACAUCUGUGACUUCCAUUAAUUUAUAUUUUGAAAGAUAUAAAAUAAUUUGGUAUACCUGUGGUUUUAGAGCACUAUGUUUGACCUCUAUCCUUUGUAUUUCCUCUUGUGUAUUUUAAUGUUUUUAUAUUGAAAGUAAUCACAACUGUUAGCAUUUAAACUGUAUUAUUUAUACUGACAUAUAUUGUUUGGAUAUAUAAGAAAUUCCACAUUUUCAUCAUUCUUAUUUAGGGGUAAAAUUAAAGGAUCAGUAAUCUUAUAAUUAACUCCCCCACAUAGUCUCCUCAAAUGCCCCUUUAUUUAUAAUAGCACUGAAAUGAUAUGGCACCUUUCUUCCAAAUGUUGUAUAAGAUUAGAAAUAUUGAGGAAUCUCUAGUUUUUAUCUCCUAGCCACCUAGUGAUUUCAAUUAAAGGCACAUUAACGCUUUUUAGCUGAAAUUUGCAUUUUAUAAUUUUGAUGGGAAAAUGUAUUACACCAGAAUGUUUACCAGUUAAAGAAUAAUACAUUUCAAAAAAGAAUGUGUGUAGUCACUUGAAAAUGUCAGUCAACUGAUACAAAGCAGCUCACUUACAUCUGGCUAAGUAGUAAGUACCUUGGAAUGCUUUAAACAAAAUGAAACAAUCUACCAAAACACGUACUAUUUCCUAGUUUUUAUGCACAUUAUGUAGCAUGAAAUCAUAACGCUUUUGAAAUAUUCUGUGCAGAAAUAUUUAUUUUUUAGUAAAUAUUUUCUUCAAAGAUUGGUAUGUGGUAUUGACAGUGUAAUCUACUUGCACAACUAGUUUUGCAAUAAGCUUCUAAAUAACUGUAAAUAAGAAAAAUGUACAUUUCAUGUAAAAAAUGGUUGCAAAUUUUUGGUAGCUAAGAGAAAUGUACAAGUUGUAUUGAAAAUAUAGUAUAUAUACAUAAUUUAAGAAUGAAGCAUAUAAUUUCUGAUCUAUUUAUACAUGAAAAAUUCAAGAAUUUGUAAAAGAAAUUAUUUUGGGGAAAAAGAAAGUAAAUCUCAUUAGCUAAGUAGGAUACUUUUACUAGAGAAGCCAACUUUUUCCAACAUUUUACUGGGAACAGUACUAGAUAUAGGCAUGGUGGUGCUGAUGUUAUUUCAUGAAAUCACAUGUAACAGUGCUACAGUUUUACUGAGUUCCAUCAGGACGCUAGUAAGAUAGAUUGAGUGGCAAAAAGCAUUAAAUCUAAAAUUAAAGAAACAUAAUAUUUCACCUAUUAUUGCCUGUUAAGACCACAACAGUGAUUGACUAAAACAUUUAUUGUUUACUUAAAAUUUCUGGUGGAUAAACAGGCUUUAAUUCAUGUGCAAAUAACUUUUUAUAACGUAUGUUUGCUUCAUUUUUUUAACCAAGAAUGAAAAUAUCCAGAUAUUUUCUUUUGCCUGAGUUUCAUACUUUCUUAAUUCCUCCCCCCGUUGCUUCUCUAUUAUUUAAGGGGAAAAAUAUCAAACUACCUUCAAGAAAACUUGUAAAUAAAAUGUGUUGGCCAUAAUGUGGCAUGUAAGCUAAGGACUAUUGAGUCUGUUUAGUGGCUUAGAUUUCCCAACCUUCAUCUUAAAGGUUUAGAACACCAAGAGAACAUUUCCCUUUGACAAAUGAAAAACCAAACACAAAUAGCAGAAAAAAUUGUAUUGGUAUCUACAACCAAGGCUGAUCAGAAAAUGAGAAUCUAAAUAUGAAGAAGCUACAUAUUUUAGAACUUACCAUAAAUUAUCUCUUGCCAUAACAUAAAUCUGAGGGUACCACAAAGAGAUAGCUAUGGGAAAUUAAAUAUGCAUCCAAAAGUUCAGAAAAAUCUUAUAAUCAUUUGAAAAUGGCUUAUUAUUUUCAAAAAAAUGAAUAUUUAAUAAGUAUGUUUCCGGGAUAUUCAUACUAGCACUCUUCAGGUUAUCCUUUGAAAAUUCAAUAAUUACAACAAAAUGAAAUUUGAUUCAAUAAUACAGUCAACUAGAAUGCAAAUAUCUGUAUGUACGUAUCUGUACAUACUUAACAUUUUUAUGGUUAAGGGAAAACAUUGGGGUACCUCUCACAAUAUGUCAGAAUUAGGACCUAAUCACUCCUAAGUGUUCCCGAAUAUUGCUAUUAAAUGAUGAUCUAGGCCAAUUCUCACUCCCGGUAAGCUUUGCAAAUUGCCACCAUCUCUGAUGUUACAGAAGGGGCACAUCUGAAAACAUAAUUAGCACAUAGGGAAACAGCUUCCUCAUUCUCUUACUGUAUGGCACAUCAUAGUGACGUAGAAGUGUUGCCAAUGUCUACUCACUAUUCAGAUACAUAGAAGCACACCUGAGUCCUGAAUACUCGCAAAAUAAUACACAAAGCUGCAUAUUACCAACCUACUUGGAUAAAAGGAAUGCUAAGUAUAUAAGACUCUUUCUUUAUAUGCCAGAAAAACGUAUUUUUAAAAACAAGUAGAAAGAGAUAUGGCAGGAAAUGAUUAAAAGCACAGAUUUCCCAGCAUUCAAAUAAUGAGCUGAUAGUGAGUCAGAAAUAUUUUUCCUAAGUUUCCCAGUGUUUUGCUGGAAAAUAGUUUUCUGCUCAGAAUUCUAAAUUACAGGAAAAGCUUAAUAUAUGUACUAUAUGAUGACCUCAUUCUAGACUUCAAAUUACCUGGGCAAUAUUCAUUUAAAAUCCUGUCUGCACUCAUAACUUCUAAAUAUUUACCAGUUCUAAAUAUUUUAAUUUGUAUCAUCUAGUAUUAUGUAAACUCUAGACAUAUUCUUGGAUGAUAUUUUAGCAUUAUGUAUUUAUUCAGAUGUGCUUAAUUCACUAUGUAAAUGACUGAAUUGCAACCCAAAAAUUGGGAUCUUCUAACACAAGUUUCAAAGUAAUAAAACACCCAUGGUUGCAUUUUAAAGCUUAUGGGACAGAAUAUGCCUGCCUGAAAGAAAUCUUGGAAUUUACUCAUCAGAUUUAAUUCACCAGAUAUUAACAAAUUUAUUUCUAUUAAUUACCCAGAAAACUAGAAAAGCAGAAGAAAACAUAUCAUUUAAGAGUUUGUCAAACAUAAAAAGACAAAGAGCACAUUUCCGACAAAGAGUAUUUAUUUUGUUUGUCCAGUUUAGUAAUGCCAUAAGAUUACAAGCAAACUUAAUGUCUUAUAUUUUACUUAAAGAAAUAAUCACAAAUUGAUUUUUUGUUAUUUUUUUAACUCUACAGACUUUAAACUGUAUUAACAGAUUCUACUUUCUUCUAGGGUAAAUGCCUUUUUUGGAAAUAAACAUAACUUGACUACAUUUUUUGUUACUUUUUUCUGGAUGCAUGCGUAAAUAGGUCAAAUGAGAAAUCCUUGAAAUUACAUUUAAAGUGGACCAAAUUAAGAUUUCCAUACUAUUGAUUUACCCUUGAUGUAAUUCAAAAUGUGUAAACUGCCACUCAGAAUAGAAGUGCAAUACCUGACAUUUAAUCAUUUGGCAGUCUUUUAGAUAUAGGUGAAUUACUGCACUGUUAUUUGAACUGAAGCAUCUCAUAAUAUAUAUAUAUAUGUAACAGAUUUUGUAUGAUACAAAACUUUACAGCAAGCUAUUUGAAUGUUUAUUAAAAAAAUUCUCAAAAUGACACGGAAACAUGUUUACUGUAUAAAUAAAAGCACUUAUACAUUAAGAGUGUACAUUAUUCAAUAAUUUACAUCAUCAUAAAAGAACUGGGGUGUAAGUUAACCAGUGCAAACUACUAUACUAUAUUCAUAUUACAGUCAUGUUCAUCAUAAAAAUAUCAGUUAUUUUUAAAGCAUCGAAAAAGUGAACUGUAUUUCAGUAUAAAAAUUCUGGUAAAAUAUUCUCUAGGCCUAAUGUUUUUGUUAACAUAAGUUUGUCUGUUUAAUGUAAAGUGCAGAAGAGUUGCCUGGCAAUUAAGUUGGAUCGGCAUAGAAUGUUAGGUUUUGCUAGAGAAAGGGGUUCUGUGGUCAAAAAGUUUGGAAAAAACUGGGUCAAAUAAAAUUAAACAUGACUGAUUUUAUUAACCUUGGGGUUUCAGAUGCUAAUAUACCUUGUCAAGCUUUAGAAAGUGAGAGUUUCUAAAUAUAUUUGGCCAUGGAAGCUCCUUCAUAGACCUUCUUCAUGACCAAAAGUCAUAGGAACAUUUUUAAAUGAAAAUUGUGUUAAAGAGUUCUAAUACAGAGUGUCACCUGGCAGAAGCUUACAUGAAUAAUACCAUUUGUCAUUUUAAAAGUUUUACCUCAACUGUGAGCCUCCAAGUAAGAGAGAUAAUCAUAAUUGACCGCAGAAUAGUUCAGUAACAACCAUCUGUAUAACCUGGAUGUUAAGAUUACAGGUUGCUGAGCCACAUUAUCACCAUUUGAUGUGAACGACACUUAGUGUUUUUACAUUUGCUUUUUCCUACAACACUUCUAAUUAGAAUUCUGUUUCUUUAAUUUACCAGCUCAGUUAAUGUCCUCUCACAUUAUCAAAUAUAUGUUCAUAAAAAAGCCAGAGAACAAAAUUAUGUGUAUUACCUAUUCACACAUUUUUAUAAAACUGACCAAGUGAAUUUGACAGCAAAUUAUAUAAAAUUAUCAGUGUCAAGAGACUAUGUGUUACUUCCUUUCCAGGAUUUUUUUAAGUGAAAGCUGAUUUAAAAUUCUGUAAGUUUAUAAAAGGUUUUGUUCAAGAUAUUGCCAUCUAUCCUCCAUCCAUUAAGAAACAUGGGAUUUUAUAAAAUCUAUAAAUUAAUUUGGUCAGCAGUCAUAAAAUUAUGUCACUCACUGUUAGGUUAGAAAAUACGCAUUUAAAGCAUAAGAAAAAUAAGUGGUUUAUUAAAUCUUCACUAAGACAGACACGAGGUGUUUGCCAAGAAAGAAAUUACAUUAAUUAUAAUAUCUUAUACCAGGGAUAUUAAACACUAAAGAUCUGAUGAUUCUACGUCGCAUUUUCGGCAGUUUUAGUACCACGCAGAAAAGCUGCUGUGGGCCUACUAUGCUCAAAACACCACAUUACAUAGAUGCACUCAAAAUACUUACUGAGUUUUUAAUGGCAAGCCACCACUAAUGUUAAUGUUGUCAAAUAAGUCAAAUGUAUAAUUUCCGAACAAUUAGAGUGGUUAAUUACUUGUUUAUUUUUAAGUUUAUAAAGAGUUGACAUUACAUUUAAACAACAAUUUAAUUAGGACAAUUUUGAAUGUUGACAUAUCAUCAAAAAUAUAUGCCAUUUCCAAAAAGUCUAGAUUCAGAGCAGGAUGCCAUUUUAGGUGAACGAUGUCUUCACUAAUGAAAUAGGAUGCAGACAGAAAUACUAUGUUUAUUAAGAACUUUUUGCUUAGAGAAGACAAUAAAACAUAUUUAAGAAAAAUAUAUACUACAAAAAAUAAAAAAGGAAAAAUUAAUGGCUUCUGUAGUCUUAUUUCAUUACAGAUUGAAUUAGGGAGAUAAUUUUCUUCUUCACAGACAAAGAUCUUUAAGUUUCUUUUCUCUGAUUAUUUGAUCAAGGAACAAACUAUAUUACAAACAUGGCACAAAAUCCAGGCUUUCAUUUUUAGCCAACCCUCAAACACCACCAACUACAAAGAAAAUUUAAAAGUCUAAUUUGUAACCUUCAGAUAAGUAUAAAUUAGUUUUUUCUAGGCUUUCAUCAUUUGGCUUCUUAUACAAUCUAUCUUGUAAAGUACAUUCCUCUAAAUUUACAUUAUCUAAAAUUAAGGCUAAGCAUUAUUUAAAUCAAUUAAUCAUACAAUAUUUUAUGACAAUAUGCACAUAUUUAUAAAAUAACUUUUCCAAAAGCAGUAAUAUCUCAAAUUAAAAAAGAAAUCUUUUAUUGCUUUGAACUAUCUGCUAAAAUAAAAACACACAGAAAGGGAAGAGGUUUAACAGGUAGGAAGAACAUAGAAAACCCUUAAAAGUUUUAAAGUAGUCCAGUUCACUUCUUCCAAGCAAAAGAAUUCACAGUGUCUCUUCAGGUUUAAAAUUCUAAGCAUUCAAAUUGCCAUAG